AUGAACACCAACAGAGGAGAACUCGCUCAAGGCGCUCUACUUCCACACAUACAAAGUUUCGCCGCGACGCAACCCGUUCGUCGGGCUCUUGCAGCGAAGGAGCAAGCCGUCAAUCAGCGAUUCCCAGUGUCCGUCGUGGCUCAAGCAUUAAUCUACAAAGGCUGUCUUCCGGUACAAAUUCUACCUUGCUUCGGUUCUAGCAAGUCCAGUAUCCGCCACAAUCUGUCACGGACAAUAUCCACCAAUUCAACCUCGCCAUAUGAGCACUUCUUCCACUACACGAGUGGCCGCUGGCUAUGGGAUGAAGAGAGCCAGAAACGUGAACGAUUCCGCGUUUUCAAUGUGCAAGAGCUCCAGCGUAUCGCAGCCGAAAGCGUCGGAGCGCAAUCAUGCGUAUCCAUAACUAAACUCGCUGAAGGAGGAUACAACAAGGUGUUCCGCCUGGUUAUGGACAACGGUUCUGUUGCGAUUGCCCGUAUUCCGAAUCCAAAUGCUGGGCCUGCCUGUAGGACGACUGCUUCUGAAGUUGCAACCAUGGAUUUUGCUAGAACCGUACUAAAUAUCCCCGUUCCAAAGGUUUUCGCUUGGAGUGCAACAGCAAACAAUCCAGUAGAAGCCGAGUAUAUUAUAAUGGAGGAGGCACCAGGGACACAUCUAGAGGACGUCUGGGACGACAAAAAAGUUUCGGAUAAAGCGAAUAUCGUCAAGGGCUUAGUCGAAAUAGAGAAGAAGCUGCUCUCGGUGUCUUUCACGCGGUAUGGCAAUAUUUACUUCGCCAGCGAUUCAUUUCCAGGGUGUGAAGCAGCUAAGGUUGUAGGCGAUAUUUCUGCAGACUUGAAAAGAGUUGUGGAAGAGCGUUUUACCAUCGGACCAGUUGUUGACAGAGAUUUUUGGAACGGAAAGCGGGCGUCGAUGGCCAUUGACCGAGGUCCUUGGGAAAGCCCACAGGAUUAUCUGACAGCGAUAGCUAAUCGGGAGAUUGCUUGGAUAAGUAGCUUUGCUCUUCCAAAACCGCCAAAAGAUAUAUUUCUUGCAUCUGAAGCUCAGAAUUCGCCCAGUCACCACAUUUCACUCUACAAAAUGUUCUUACAUGUUAUACCAUACCUUCUGCCCCAAAACAAGAAGCUUUCCCCCCCCACCCUUUGGCAUUGGGAUAUUCAUUCCGCAAACCUCUUUGUGGAAGGCAAUCGAAUUACUAGCCUCAUUGACUGGCAAGAUACAUGGGUUGGCCCUCUAUUCCUUCAAUUUCGGCAUCCAAAGCUCGUGGAUUAUGACGGCGAGGUGUUGCUAAAGCUUCCAGAGAAUUAUGAGAGCCUUGAAGAGGGCGAGGCAAAAGCUCGCACGAGAAAGCAAGUUGAAAAGUCUAUUGUCCUGUACACUUACGAAACGGAAACCGAUAAAAAUAAUCCAUUGCUCAGCGAGAUUCUCCGUCUACAUCAUGGUCGAACAAGGAGAGAAACAGUACAGUUUGCUGCGAACACCUGGGAUGGAGACAUUAUACCUUUUCGGCAAUGCCUUAUUCGAAUCGAACGGCAUUGGGACGAAUUAGGCUUCGAUACUCCCUGUCCAAUACAUUUCACAGAAGAGGAACUGCAGGCUCAUUAUAGAGACGGUGAGGGUUGGAACGAACGAGCAGAUUUUUGGGAUUCAUUAGCCGGGCUCGUUGGUCGCGAUGGAUGGACUUCCAAUGAGACAUACGACCAGGCACUUGAGAUGUUCGCUGAGCUCAGGGAGGAAGGAUUGAAGAAUCUUACUGGAAAAGAGCGGGUGGAUUUUGAGGCGCAGACGAGAUGGGCUGAAAGAAAGGUUAGUUCAGUUUGUUAA